CGCGACCGCGCGGGAGCCGCCGCGCUCGCCCGACUGUCCGCCCCGCUGCUCCGCGCUCCACCGAGCACGGCCCGGGGCCCGCGCCCGCGCCCGCAACCGCCCUCCACCGCCGCCCGGUCCCCAGGGCACCAUGAGGAGCCCGCGCUGCGUCCCGCUCCUGCUGCUGCUGCUGCUCACGCCCCCCGCCGGGGACGCCGCGGUGAUCACCGGGGCCUGCGAUAAGGACCCCCAGUGUGGUGGAGGCAUGUGCUGUGCUGUUAGCAUCUGGGUUAAGAGCAUAAGGAUCUGCACACCUAUGGGCAAAGUGGGAGACAGCUGCCAUCCGCUGACUCGUAAAGUACCAUUUUUUGGGCGGCGGAUGCACCACACUUGCCCAUGUCUGCCGGGCUUGGCCUGUUUACGGACUUCGUUCAACCGAUACAUUUGCUUAGCCCGAAAGUAAUCAUUUAGAGUAGAAACUUUGAAUGUGAACAGCCACAUGGUAUGUGUAAAGUGUUUCUUGUGAUCGUGCCAAAACAGAUACUGUGCCAGAAAGAGAUGCUCGUGCUUCCUCCUCUGUCCAAGCCACAUCUUCCUUCGUCUUGGAUUUCUGAUAUUUUUUUCCAUUGGAAGGGAAUUUUAAUUCUGGAUAGAAACAGAAAGUACAAGGCAUUAUGCAAGUGGUUUGUAUUUUGGCUUAAUCGGGCUGCUUUCGAUGCUGGUAGCGUGCCCAUUUCCACCAACAGGAGACGAGGAAGAAUGUGAUGUUUUGUUGCAGCAGGGUUCUUUCGUGGCCCUUCCACCUCACCCCUGCCCCAGAGCACUGAACGCCCCCUCUGGGUCUCCUGAACCCUCCUCAGAGGGUUGUGAGCCCUUACUGUCCCUCUCCGUCUCCCUUCCCACCCCUCUGGCCCUGUGAAAUGUAGCCCUGUCUCACUGGCAGCAUCGCUGAGAGAAGCGAGCUUUUUGUCUGGUCCCUGAGCAGUGACGCAUGCGUGGUCAGCUGGGGCUGGCCAGAGUCGUCUUAUGUGGUGGGCCUUGGGAGUGUCUCUGGAACAUUCCUUCACCUGUCUGUCCACAUGGCCUUCAGCUCUGCUGUUUGGUGUGAGGACAGUAGGAAUGGGAAACCAAAUUAACUUAGUCCAGAUUUCUAGGUGAGGGUUUUUUUUAAAUAGAUGACUUCUUUUUCAAUGCCUAUUACAUUUUUUUCCUUAAGUUUAUUAUUUCUUUGAUCUCCUAGCUAAAAAUGUUCUAAAAAAAUGUCACUUGAAGAGGAAGUAUUGAUUUUAAUCUGGCAUGACACUAGUUCCCGAUUUUUUUUUACAUUGGUAUUAAGUUGUGUUGUACACUUUAUUUCUAACCCAAAGGUCUAUUGUAAUGGAUUGCCUGACAUCCCGCCAUUUGUACCUGUAUCAAUAACUGCUGUGUUAAAAUUCUGUAUCAGAAUUAUGACAGUACUGUAUAUCAUUUGAUUUAUUUUAAUAUUAUAAUCCUUAUUUUUGUCACGCGUCU